AUGGCAUCAACUAGUAAAGACAUUGGACCAAAGAAUAGAAGUCAAACUAUUACUAGGCGUGUGGAUGGCAUUGGAAAGCAUAUUGAAGAUAAUUUGAAAAGUCGAGCAUCAGAGUUUAUAUUUUAUGCUCUAGCAUUGGAUGAAAGGAUAAAAAUUGUCAAUUGGGCAGAUACUGCCCAAUUGACAAUUUUUAUCAGGGGUGUUGAUAUCCAUUUUAAAAAGACGGAAGAAUUAGAGGCACUGUAUCCACUUAAGGACACUACAAAGUCACGAGAUUUGUUAGAGGCAGUUACAUCGACAUUGAAUCGCUUUUCGUUACAACUUAACAACUUAUCGGGCUUAACAACGGAUGGUGCUCCAGCAAUGGUUGGGAAACACGAAGGUUUAGUAAAAUUGAUUAAAAACGAGGCUUCCAAAGUCGAUAAUACUUCAAUGCUAAAUUUUCAUUGCAUUAUUCAUCAAGAGAAUUUAUGUUCGAAGUCCCUUAAAAUGGACCAUACCAUGAAAGUGGUUGUCAAAAUAGUGAACUUUAUCAAGUCGAACGGGUUGAAUCACGGUCAGUUUCAAGAAUUUCUAAAGUCAUUGGACUCAGAUUAUAAUAACGUUACAUUUUAUGCGAAAAUACUGGAAAUGGGUUGGAAAAAAGAAAAUGUGCAUAUAGUUCGAAAAAGUUUAUCAUUUGUUUAUCGAAGAAUUGAGAGCUUAUAUCUUCCAAAUAAUGGUAAAAGCAUGGAAACUAGAACAUUGAUCGAAAAAUUAUUUCCACAAGAUUUAAACGAUUUCGAUAUUUCAAGAAUAACAAGAAUUCGAGGGAAUUUAUUUAUUAUAGCUUCAGCUAUAGAUGGUGGCUCUAUGCUACAUGAUUCUAUAUUCAUGGAACUACAAAAGCUAGAUUUUGUAAUUAAGAAUAUUGUACUUCAUUGGAAUGGGAAUAAUUUAACUUAUAAUGAUGUAUGUAAGAAAUCCAAAGGAAGUUGCAUUAAUAAUGAAGUUUUAAAUUUAAGGAAUAAAAUACAAGAUAUAAAGAAUAAAAAGUUUCGAAUCAAAUAUCCUGUAGAUAAAAACUCAACGAAUAUCAUUAUAUAUCCCAUUAUGCUUGGAAAAGUGUCGACAGAUAAAUAUAACUACAUAAAAGAUUUCAAAGCAGUCCGUUUGAUGUAUUUUAUUGAUGAUAGGAAUUCUACAAUACGAGAAAUCACAAUUAAAUGGGAAGAAUGUUUCGUAGAAACCAUUUCUAAAAUGGUAUUUUCACAUAUUUGUAUAAGUAUGCUUACUGGAAUGCUUUAUGAAAAAGAAAGCACCAACAUAUUUCCACACGUAGCUCCAUUUAUCGUCUUCAGUGGAAUAUUAAUGAUAAUAUUUGCAGUGGUAACGUGCCUUACAACAGACUGGAUUACAAGUAAACCGUUAGUGGGUAUUGCUGGAUGCUUCUCUGCUUUGUUUGGAGUCGUAACAGCUUUCUGUCUGUUAUUCCUUUUUGGUAUGGACUAUGUAGAUUUAAAUCUUAUGGUUCCAUUUUUAGUUUUAGGUAUCGGUUUAGAUGAUUCUUUCGUUCUAUUGGCAGCAUGGAGAAGAACUAACGUUAAAGAUCCUGUCGAAAAGAGAAUGAGUGAUACGUAUUCGGAAGCAACUAUAUCAAUUACAAUAACGUCACUUACAAAUAUAGUUUGUGCAUUGAUUGGUAUAAGCAUUCCAUACAAAGUGAUCCAAACUAUAAGCAUUUAUAUGGCUUUAAGUCUGUUCAUGGAUUAUGUUUAUCAAGUGACAUUCUUCGGUGGUUGUCUUGCAAUUAGUGGUUAUAGAGAAGCCAAGAAUUUGCAUGCUAUAUUUUUCACUCCAGUAGCUAAAAGUGAAGAAGCAGGUUUAUUAAAGUAUUUGAAUUGCUUCUGUUUAUCAAAACACAGAAACGAGAAGACACCAACUAACUGCUAUACAGACAAUUUAGGAAAAUUACUUACAAUUCCAAAAAUUAAAUUUCUCAUUAUGGUUUUAUAUAUUGUAUUUUUGGCAGGAGGAAUUUACUGUUUAAAAUAUUUACGAGAAUCAAUGAAUGCGGAAGUGGCAUUUCGCAAAAAUUCUCAUUCUCUCAAAUUUUUGAGUGAUUAUAAUAAAUAUUAUUCUAAAUAUCGGGAUAGAAUACAAAUUGUAAUUGAUUCACCCGUAGAUUACUCAAAUCCUACUAUUCAAUCGAAAAUAAAUGAAUUAACAGUUCGACUAGAAAAUUCACCUUAUAUGGCUGGAUCAAAUUUCACCGAAUCCUGGUUAAGAAUGUAUCUUACAUUUAUUAAAAGUUCAUACUCGUGGAUAUCUCUACAAGGAUAUAACACGAGUAACUCCGAAGAUUUCAUAGAAGCAUUACGUAAUGUUUUUCUAAAAUUUAAAUGGGCCGAAGCUCUAAAUCAAGAUAUUGUUUUCAGUAAAGAUGGGAAGAAAAUAUUGGCAUCAAGGUUUUUUCUUCUCACUAAAACUACCGAUCAUCCGAAUAAAGAAUUAGAAAUAUUCUAUAACAUGUUAAAACUAACUGAUGAAUCUGAUCUACCAGUUCGAGCCUUUAAUUUUCAAUACGUAUUUUUUGAUGUUGUCCCUUUAAUAAUCCCUACAACUAAACAAUCUUUGAUAAUAACUUCUUGUUCGGUUAUACUCGUAUUUAUGAUAUUUAUGCCAAAUCUUUUCUGCGCUGUAAGCAUCAGCUUUACAAUAGUCUCUAUCCAAUUGAUUACAAUUGGAUACAUGUCGUUAUGGAAUAUUCAGUUGAAUAUGUUUAUUAUGAUUUUAUUGAUUUUUACAACGGGAUUUUGCACAGAUUAUUCUGCUCACGUAUGUUACGCCUUUGUGAAUAGUAAAAAAAAUACUUCAGAUGAGAAACUGAGGGAUGCUCUACAGGCUGCCGGAUACGCCGUUAUACAGGGAUGUUUGUCUACGUUUAUAGGAAUAUCUACGGUAAUAUUAGCUCCAUACGAUGUUUUCACCGAUACUUUUAAGCUGUUUACCAUUAUAAUAAUUACAUCUGUUUUUCACGGAUUAUUUAUUUUACCUGUUAUCUUAUGUUUAUGGGAUAACUUCCGAUCAUUUUUAUUUACAAAUCAUAAGAAGAAGCAACCUAUUUCUGCAAAGGUAGAUGAUGUUCCUAAUGUAAAUAGCCAUUUAUUUUAAUGAAAUCUCUUUAUUACAUUUUAAAAUAAAGUCUUAUCCAAAGGUAGUCGUGUAAGAAUAAUCCAGAAGGCAGCUAUUGGGCAUAACAGUUAUCCUAGUUCCUUCAGCCCGAUGAUGUAGCCUUUCUCAAACUCUAUCAGUUGUACUGUACAUGGUACUUUUGACUGUAUCGUACAAGCAACGGGUACAUUGAAAAUCCUGAACACAAUGAUCCUCUAUGAUGGUUAAGUAGUGGUACAGUAUUACUGUGAUAUUACCUGGGGUGCAAUCGGAUCAUUUACACACAUAUCUACCCGAGAAGCAGCUGUAUGUUAAGUUUUCAAUAAUCAGACAAUUCUAUUCGGGUG